GGACAAGCACCGCUGUGUCCCAAUCACAGUGCUUCCAGAAGAGGUGAAUGGUCAACUGACCGAACUGUCGACAACAACGAAGCGCCAGUCGCUAGGUGAUGUUCGGCAGCCGUCAAAGAAAUAUCAGUGCCAAUUCUGUUCCCAUUCGUUCUAUUCAUUUCGAGCGUACAAAGAACAUUGCUCACAACAUCAGGGACUUCGGCCACAUCUCUGUUGGACGUGCCACAAAUCGUUUAGAACUAGUGAGCUGCUCGAACUUCACAAGGAAGUGCACAAUCGCGGUCCAAUUUACUGUGAAUACUGUCCGGCUAUACUCCAAGGACGACAGCAAUAUACACAGCACGUGCAGGCACGACAUCAACCUGAAUCAGGAAUCGCUAAACACAUCGGAGUUGACUUAACUGACAGAGCUGCAGGUGCAGUGUCAGCACAGUUCCCUGAACUCACAGGGCGUGAACUAGCUGAGAACCUAUUUCGCACACGCGCCCUGUCAGUCACUCAGGAUGAUGUUGAGGCGACAGGUACCGGGACCCAGUUGUACCAGAUGAUCGACCUAUUCGUUGCCAAGUGUGCAGCCAUCUAUACGACACGAUCGCAUAUCUGGUUAGCCACUGGAUGA